AUGGCCGUGAGGUGUUGGUCGAACGAAGACGAUCUCGGUUGGUCCGUGAUAAAGCCAGGGAAAGCUAAGAGCUGGACAUUCACGACAAUGAACAUGUGGCCGUUCAAGAAAACGGAGUUCCGUUGCCAGUUUCGGAGCGGGUUAGGGACGACGAAUGAAGACAUAGUGACGGUUUUUUCGGUACGUGAGGGGUUUCUGAAGCAGUGUGAUGCAGCGGAAUCAGGCGUAGAUGAGUGUAUUUGGGUUGCGAAAAGAGACGGAUUCUAUCAAAGGAGAGUCGUAAAGAAUGGAGACUUUUUUUAA